AUGAGGUGGAGCUGGCUUCGCGAGCUGACCUUGCUGGAUCCAGAGGCCUCUGAGUUCCUGGGGCACGCGCGGUUGUUCAGCUUGGAUUCUGUCUCAAGUCAGCAGAGAAAUGGGUUCAGCGUGGACGAAGGUCCGUCCUAUACAAAGGCGGAAUUGAGUGGUGUUAGAAAGACCGCCUGCAUCGUCAUCAUGCUGCGUGUCCAGCAAGCAAAGCAAGGUACAUACCUACAGAAUUCGCAGUCUCAGCACAGUGCCAACUGGGCAAGCGCACUCCUCUUUCCGAUCCAAAAAUAA